AAAGGCGGUGGUCUGGAGUUUUCAUGUUUGCGAUGGGGCGGUUGUGGGGGAUUUUGGGUUUGUUUUUAAUUUUGACCGUAAACUGUCAGCCAUCUGUAAAUUCGAGAGAGUAUCCUAAUACUGCGCAAGCAGUUAGCGAACAGUUUAUGCACCAAGAGAUCAAUGCGAAUACACCCAGUGAAAAUCUUGAUGCGUAUUCUACUUAUUCGUCCUCAGUAGUUUCAGAUGGGAAUCAUAUAAGUCAUCCAACAGGCAAAAAGCCUAGUUAUCUCGAUUCAUCACAUCUUCAUGAGGCAUCGCCACGUAGUCAAGACCCAUCGUCAUUGGUUGGGGAAAGUAUUCAAUACACACAUGGGCUGUCAAAGGAUAGUGAACCUCAGAAAAAUAAUAUAAGAAUUAGCAGUCACGACUCGAUCAGUAAUGUGGCAAAACAUGAUCACAAUUCGAAUGUUUAUAUUGAUGAAGCACGUGGCUCCAAUCAUGACUCCUCCAUUGUCAAUCAAGACCAUGACCAGUCGGGUCCUAGUCAUGAUGUGUAUACAAGUAUGCAUAAAAAGACAACUCGUAAUGCUCAACAGAUACCGCCGGCGCCUAAUAAUCCACUCCCCGACAUGUCCCGUGAACAACAACCGAACCCAGCUGGUCAAUCACAUGAUAUCAAUCACAAGGAUAUCGUGUUGGACAGCCGUUUGUCUCAUGGACAAGUGCCAGGUGCUAGAAUAAACCAGCCACCAACAAACUAUUUUCAUAAUGGACUUGGCUCUAUGGUGUCUAACCAUGGCCCCGAGUUGUCCGAACGCCGUCACUUCCAUGCUGACAAGGAACCUCGGUUUAGAGAUCCUAAUGAAAACACUGGAUCGAGAUCUCAGUGGGAAACCGGGGAUCAAAGUAGUCCUCAUGAUAAACCCAAAAGGUCGCGGAGAGAUACUUCAUCGGAGUACCACUUGGAUGAAAUUUUUUCCUUACCAUCACGUGAAGAUCCAAUACAGAAUCAGGCUGAUUUUGUUUCUUUGGUAGUAAUUGUACCUCCCGGAGUGAAGCAUUGCUACUUCUAUAAACCAAUCACUAACUUUGAUGUUGAAUAUCAAGUUCUUAAAGGAGGUCAUUUAGAUAUUGGCAUAUUCAUUCGGGAUCCUGAAGGAGAACCAAUUACUAUCCGACCACCGCUAUCUGACUCCCAAGUUUCAAUAUCUGUUCCGAAAUACUUCCGUCUUAUGCCAUACGCAAUUUGUCUAGACAAUAGAAAAGCUAAUGCUAAUUUAAAUUGGGACAAUCCUAGUGAACUGGAACGACAAGCAAUAGAAACGUUACGUAAUAACCCCUUGGUGAAUUCACAAGCACAAGCAGCAAGUGCUGAACAUGCGGAAAACAUUGAUAAGCUUAUGGCACAAUUGGAUAUAUUAUUUGGUCGUUUACGGCGCAUCGAGCAUAUGCAACAACGUUCUAGUAAUUUUGACUCUGCAGAUAAAUCAUUGAUGGAAGAGAACUUAGAGCGCAUCACGACCGGCUCAUUGUUUCAAGUUGUUCUUAUGAUUGCUGUAGCAACCGUCCAAGUUGGUCUUAUUCGAUCUUUAUUCGAUCAAAAAAGUUAUUUUUAUAAAAUCUGGUUUGGAAAAAGGUCUCAAAACUUAAAUGCUCGUUGUUAAUAUUGCAUUGAUUCGGUCAAACAUUCUAGUCUAUAUUUGCCUUUAAUUUGGUUUCCUUAACAUCGAAAUUUAUUUAUGCAUUUGUUUUGUUUUGUACACUUGAAAUAUUUUUUUUUGAUAUAUAUGUAUUCAAUGUCCGUUUAAACAUGAUUUUUCUGCUGUUAAUUGGCGUCUAUUUCAUUUAAUAGUCUGUAUUUUCUCUUGCAUUUGCUAUUUCGAAAUACAAUAUCUCUGUAAUAAAGAUUAUGGUCAUUUGUCUUCAGUUUUGUUUUCACUACUUGUUGUGUCCUAUUAUUGAUUGCUUAAAUUUGUAUACCUAAAAUAAUAUUUUCCUUGUAUUAGAUAGAAAGAGUGGUUAAACCAAACGACUAGUCGAUCUUAUUUAUUGUCGACUGUGUUUUGCAAAUAAAUACUUGAUUUCAUGUCUUAGUAUAUCUGUGACAAUCGUGUCUACAUUUGUUUCAUCAGAUUACCCUAACCUUUUAACGGAUAUUCUAGGUUGAACAUAUUCACUACAUCAAGAAGCUCUUAGCAUGUAUUAAUGUCUUUCUCAGGACUGACACCGAAUUCUCAAAGUUUGAAGUACAUUGAGUUAAUCUGUGUUAUUUUGCAUUUCGAUUCGGAGGUCUUACGGUUAUUUCACCUCCUAUAGUCAUCGUACUUGACACCAGUUUUAUUCUCACUGGCACUUUUGUUUAGAUUGUAUGGGUUUUUUGCUUUUAUUGUCUGAUAGUUUAGUGAUAAAGAUUAACAGCAACCAAUUUCUGUUCCACUUUUUCGGUGGAGGUUAGGUUUCACUGCUCGAUAUUUUGUAAUAAAUUUUCUCAAGUGUGUGGUAAAAAGGAAUACCCAGAUAGUUUUGUGAUGUGUUUAUUGCACGUGGUUUAGAUUAAAAAUACAGUCAGCACGCGUUUGGUCAUUAAAUACAAGUGGGGGGGGGUGUUUUCAUUUUCACUUCAAUAAUCAUUAUAAUACACGCCACAUAAAACAUAUUAUUAAUUCUCUAUACUCUAAGGAGUUUGGACUUUUGUUCUCAAAAUUAGUAAGUGAUUCUGUUUUAUUUCUCGCUGUCAGGGUUGAUUAAUUGUUGGUAAUGGAUGGUCAGAAGCACCGAAGUGUCAUUACUUUAAUGAUAGCCCUAAUUUUCGUUAGAAAUAUGCAUUAUUAGUUUUGUAAGAGAUCUACAUUUCGUUUUCUAGACAGAUUUUUUCACUUCCGUAUAUUUUGAUUUCUUGCAUGAAAAUCAUGUUAAUAAACGAUCAUUGUUGGCAAAUAAUCGCACGUUCUGUACAUCUUAGCCGUAAGAAGUUCUGCGUAAAACAAGUAGGCAUAUCAGUUGUUAAUGCCCCCAAAUGUCCUGGUACGGCUAAGAGUGGGGAGAGUCCGCUCUCCC